AUGCCUCCUCCGAGGCUCCUCUCGCCGCUCCUGCGCGCGCGACUUCAACCAUCAUACCAAUGCCUCCGCAGAACACCCGCAGUGCGACAUGCAUCCACCGAACCCACCCCUCCGCCCAGCGCCCUGCCCUGGAAGACACCGCAAAGCAUAGAAGCCUGGCCGCCCGCUUACAUGAUCCCGCCGCCCAAAGACGGCGAGAUUCUCCUCGAGCGCAAGUUCAACCGCGAGCUGCCUCCUGUUCCCCCGCUGAUCCAUCCCUCUGUCCUCCGCACCCUCCCCGUCUUCAUAAUCUCCAUGACCAUUGCCACCCUCGUCUUCUUCAACUACCAAAAGACCGAGUCGUCAGUCGUAACAUCCACCCUCUACGCGCUCCGCACCAACCCCGCCGUGCGCGACAUGCUCGGCGACGAGAUCUACUUCGCGAGCAAGUACCCGUGGAUCCGGGGCGAGAUUAAUCAGGUGCAUGGACGCAUCGAUAUACGGUUUUGGGUGAAGGGGACGAAGCGGGAGGGCGAGGUUAGGCUGAGGUGUAAGAGGCGGGGGAAGGAUGGCUUGUAUAUCACAAAGGAGUGGAGUCUGACGAUGGCGGAUGGCGAGAGGAUGGAGUUGUAUGAUCCGCAGGGGAAUGCAAUUGAUCCGUUUGCGGGGAUGGAUCCGGCGGAUCAGUAG